AUGAGAUUCGUGUUCACUGUAGCAGUCGGUCUGCUGUUUGCACCAUGUAUCAACGCCAUUAAAUGUAAUUCUGACGAUGUUUUGAAGCGCUAUGGGAUAUCAAAGAAUACACUCUCGAGCAGUUUGCAAAGAGAUACACCACCAAGUAAAACUGCUGAACAAUGGUUUUUAGGCAUUUGUGAAGAAGAUGGGUUCGAUGCAGUCCCAGAUUGUAAUUCAAAAGAUAUUCUAUGUGGUACAACACGCGUUGCUCUACCUGAUAAGAAUCCCAUCUUGACACAAGUUAUCGACUUCCCACAAAAUAUCAAAUACAACGUUGAACAACAGGAAAAUGGAUUCACUUUGAAAUUAACAGGUGCCAAAUGGGGCUCAGGUCAAUAUGAUGCCUUCAUAGAAUUUCAUUGUAGUGAGAAUAGGGAUACCGAUGACAUGACGUUUGACCGUUGGCAAGGUUCUGAAGUUAAACUUUCCGUUCAAGGGCCCUCAGGAUGUUUGAAAAAGGAUAACAACGGUGGUGAACAUGGUGGCGAUAGUGGUGGUGAUAAUGGUAAUGAUAAACAACCUAACAAGAGUAGCGGUAGUUCGUGGUUUACCUGGUUACUUAUAUAUGCCAUCUUGUUCACAUUGAUUUACCUGUCUAUCAUAUCAUAUGCAAAUACCAGAGGUGGCUCAUUCCAAGAUUUCAAGGAAGAGUUCUUAGAUCGUUCAAAACAGCUAAUCACUUCGUUACCAGAAUUCGUCAAAGAGAUCGCAUCUAAAUUGUUUGGUAGUAGAUCCUCGCCAAGAGGUGGGUACAGUGCGGUAUAG